AUGGGUCCAAAACCGAGAAUAAUCACCGUGGCAGCUGCACAGCUAGGGCCCGUCAAGAGUCUCGACACGCCCCGACUAGAGACACUCGGUCGUAUGAUCACCCUGCUUGACGAAGCUGCUAAAGCUGGCGUGAGACUGGUUGUGUACCCCGAGCUUGCAUUCACCACAUUCUUCCCCUCGCAUAUCAUUGAAGAUCCGGACAAGCUCGCUGCUUAUUUUGAGCCCACUUCACAGGCAGAGCCUUAUGCAGUCAUCAACUCGCCCAACGUCAAGCCCUUGAUUGAUAGGGCUAAUGAGCUUGGCGUCGAUAUCAGCUUUGGAUUUGGGGAGCGUUUCACCUCUGAAGAUGGCAGAGUGAAUGAUUUCAAUUCCGCAAUUUACUACUCUGCGACCCAAAAGAGGGGAAUUGCGAAGUAUAGAAAGGUUCAUCUGCCAGGUCGCGUCGACAUCGAUACUCGACCAAAUGUCAUUCAACAGCUCGAGAAGCGCUAUUUCACACCAGGCGACCUUGGCUUCCAGGCAUUUCGGGUACCUGAUCUAGUUGACGGCGCGUUGAAGGCAGCAGAUGCUGCUUCUGAACAGGACCUAGAAGGAAAGGGAGACCCUAUUGUCGGCAUGCUCAUCUGCAAUGACCGUCGCUGGGCUGAGGGAUGGAGAUGCUACGGGCUUCAAGGAAUAGAAAUCUUACUGGAGGGCUAUAAUACCACGGCUUAUGCGCCUCAAUAUGAUGGAGACGAAGAAGAGCAAGAGGCUGAGGCCCUCUUCCACCAUCGUCUGUCGUGCCAGAGCGGCAGCUACACCAACGCGUGCUAUAGUAUCAACGUGGCCAAGGCUGGCUGGGAGGACCAUGGAAAGAUGAUUGCCGGGUCUAGCAUUAUUGACCCAAACGGGCACAUCAUCGCAGAAUCGAAAUCAUAUGAAGAUGAGCUGGUCAUUGCAACCAUUGAUCUGGCCAAGUGCAGGAAAGGAAAAGAGAGAGUAUUUGCCUUUGGAAAACAUAGGAGGGUUGAGCAUUAUUCGCUCCUUUCGGAACAAGCUGGCGUGAAAGAGCCACCUCUGCUUAGCUAG